AAUAACACAUUAUUUAUUGAACUUAAAUGGUCCACAUUUGUCUAUAGUAUUUUGCCCAUCAAGCAACAUUGUCUUCGCUGACGGCUCUCUGUUGACAAAGUUGCCACUUUGCGCAUACCAACGGCAGUCUUCCGCUCCCACUCACUUACACGUUUGCGACAACGACAUUAGAACGCCGGCACACACACACAUAUGCACAUCGACGCAGCGUGGCAGCGCGCCGUCGCUGUCGCUGAGCAAAAAGUGCCAAAAUUCGGCAUUGGCAUUGGCAUCCAGCUGCUGUUGGUGCUAGUCGUAAAAUAACACAACAAAAUGAGCCAGCAACAACAAUAACAACACCCAACGCAACGCCAACAAUGGCACCCAUACAGGCGUACGCCAUUGUUUUCAACGGAAGCUGGCGCAGAAGCAGAAGAAAAAUUGCAGUAACUGCCGGCGCUGCCGUCGCCCAGCAAUGCGCGGCAGCUGUUACGAAAAUGCUGCUGAGGCCAGACAUCUUCACCAAAUGAUUUUCGCAAAUCAGUUUGCUGGCAAUACUCAGGCGAGACUGACCCCAAGUCCAAUGAAAGCUAAAGAAAAUUAUUCGUUUUUAGAAAAAUUGUUGUGAAAAACGCGCGUCACACCGAGAAAGUCUAAGCGGCAGCGCAAAGAAUUCGUUUUUAUUUUGCCAAUUUUGUUUUCUUUUAGUUUUCGAUUUGGUUGUCGUUUUCAUCUCUACGUUCGACCAAAGUUUAUACAACCACUCGAGUGAGUGCCAGUCAGUCAGUGUGUGUGUGUGUUUGUGUGCGUGUGAACAAAUUGGCGGCGAACUGAUAACCGUUAUCGCCUUGCAGAUCGUGCCAGUAAAACAUUAAAAAGCACACUUUUCCGUAUUUUUCCCGAACAACCCGUUUGUUAUGUGUCUGUGAAGUGAACUCCACUCCGAUCUCUAAAGGAGCCAGCGCAGAUUAGCGUCCGCUCUUGACUCUUAAGUGAAUGGCUUAUAAAGUGUUUUGUGUGCGCUAAAAAUAACAACAUAACAUUUUUAUUGUAAACAUAGCACCGUUAUUUUCACGACCGUGCGUAAAAGCAGAGAUAAAUCAAAUUCAAGCCACAACAACAACAAAACGAGCGCGUGAGUAACAGCGGCAAGGCAAAAAGCGCUUGGGUGCGUUGACAUAUUUCGCGCGCUGACGGAUAAACAAAUUGAAAAAAGUAAAAAAUAAAAAGCAAAAAAGUGAAGUAUAUGCAGAAGUAGUGCAACAACAACAAAACACAAGAGAACAUAAAAAUAGCUGUAAUUUUAAAUAAAAACACACAGAAACCAUAAAUCAAGUUAAAAAUAUUGCAAUUCUAAAGUAAAAACAAAAGAAACAAAAAACAAGUAUAAAAAUCAAAAGGCAAAAGGCAAAAACAAAAAGAACAAUCGAAUUUACACAUCAGCGCGCAUUUUUUCGCGCACUAAAGCAACAAAUGAAGUUUCUAAAUAUAUUCUUCCGCAUACAAUAUUUGCAUAUAAAACUUCCAGAUAUUUUAAACGGCAUAUUUUAAACCAAAACCAAAAGCAACAGCAACAGCAAAGCUAAUGUUGGACAAAUAAAUAAAUUAAUUAAGAAAACAUAUAUUUACUAAAACAUAUAUAUUAUAUAUCAGCAAAGUUUAUGUAUUCGUAAAGCAAAAAAGCUCAACAAUAAGCAAAAACACUCUACCUUCAAAUAUAAAUACUGAUAUACAGACAUAUAUAGCGUAUAUAUAUAGAUAUAUAUUUAAUAACGCAUAACUAACGCAAUGUGCUUGUUGUCUUGUGAAAAGCGCUAAUCUAUUUUCCUAUUGUUCAUAUAUAGCAAACAUAUAUAUACGUAUAUAUAUAUAAAGCAAAAAACAAUAAUAAAAAUCAAAAAAAAAAAUAAUUAUUAUUAUUAUAUUUGCUUAUAAACAAAGAAGGCACCGCGAGCAUAAGAAAAUAGUAGUUGCAACAACAAAUAUAUAAAGUUAUUCUUAAACUGUAGUAACUACGUAACAAAAAACAAUAAUAACAACUAUAUGAACUUAAGUGAAAUAACAAGCAAUUGUGGUACUUUUAGAAAAUAAAAAAAUUAUAUUAAAAAUUAAAAAUUUGUUGGGCGGCCGGAAGGUUAACAAGAACGCUCAUUUUAAAAGCUUCGAAAACGCGCACGCUCGCUAAGGCUCAACUCUACACGCUGGCGUGGUAGAGUGCACCGCGACGUGCAUGCAACCGGAAAGCAAAUUUUAUUAGCGAUUAAACAACAAAAGCAAAAGCAAAAAAAAAGUAAAAAACAAAAAUAAUUUUCAAAUCCCACAAACCCAAAUGUUAAGUGUCCGUUAACUGUAUAAGUGUUGUUAAUUAAAUAAAUAUAUUAUAUAUACAUGCAUACAUAUAUACAAAUAAAUCUUGUUAAAGCUGUUAGAAAUAAAAUAUAUACACAUACAUAUAUUAAAGAAAGUCACAAUUAAUCAAAACAAAAACGAGGAGGAAAACCAAAAGGCAACCGUUAAGCAGGUAUCGACGUGCAACAGAGCAACAAACGCAACGCUUCCAGAUCAAAUAUCUCUUAAGCAAGUAGGCAAAGUUACUAUUUUUCAACACACAGCAUUUUAAGCAACUUACGACGUAAGGACACAAUUUAGCAAAAGCAACAACAACAACUAAACGGAUAUUUUUGUGAAUUUUACGCCCCCAGCGAAGGCUGAGUGAUUGAAGAUUUUUAAAUAGCAGACACUAAAAUAAGCAAAAACAAGAAGAAAAGAAAAAUUUUAAAAAGCAAUUUGUGUGCGAGACAUUGCGAAACCAGAACACUUUUAAGCAACCACCUUGCAACACCCCAGCACAGACCGACACAUACACUAAAUGUUGCACUACAACAUCGGCGAACAAUACCCUCAACUAUUGGCGACACAGCAACGUAAACGUUUCCAACAGACGCGAUCACGGCACCUGCAACCGGACGACACGGCGCUGUUGCUACAGCAGCAGCCGCCAGCACAGCAACCCGAGCAGCAGCAGCCGCAACAGAAGAAACCUGUGCGCAUAUUUCGCGUACACUACCUACGCAUCAACUCCAAGGACGGCUGCGGCGGCCUCAGUAAAAGCAGCAGCCUCACCAACCUCUCUACCAGCGCUGGCGCGUCGAGUUGUAAUGGCAUCGGCGCCAUAAAUGCAGCAACAAACAAAAUGAAGACGAUUGCACCGAAUAUACGACGACGUCGCCGCUGCGACAAGCAUCACCUCGAGUUGGCCGCCACCGCAGCGGCCGCCGCUACAGCUAACUCAGCCACGCCGGGGCUUGCACAUGGCGCUUCCAUCAGCAUGCCCGCCUCGGUGUGCUCUUCGGCCACCGCCUCGACGGCCACAUCACCCAUCGAGGACAUUGCGUUGCCGGCGCCGCCUAUAACGCCGCCACCGGCAUUCCUGUCGGCCGGCUAUAAGCGUUCGUGCGCCGGUGCCAGCAGUAAGGCGGCCACAGGCCCAGCAGCAGGCGCAAAACUAAGCGUAAAGACAGCAACUACAGCCAACCAGGCAAGUCAAGUCAAGCUGGGCGGAGCAGCGGGUGGUGCAACAGCAGUGAAGCCGUCUGGACUGAAGCCGUCGCCCGGCGGCAAGGUGCUUGGCAUGCGGCGUAUGCUAGGUAUGUGAUUAUGACGUAUUCCGCAUUAUGUACACCUUGAGGUAAAAUGUAUAAGUAAAGGGGUAUUUUAGCGUAGGUUAUGGUAAGGCAUGCAUUAUAUUAAUAUGGCGUUUUGUAUUGCAAAUCAUAUUCGAAACAAUGUGGUAGACUUUUAGUUAUAAUACAUGAAGUUAAAAUCAAGCUAGGUCUAUAUGUUAUGUUAGAAAUAUUAUGAAGUUGAAAGAAGUAAAACUUUGAUGUCCCGAAAUUCGGGCAAUCAUUGAAAUUUUCACCUCCGGCCUUGGUAGUUACAGUGGAAUACCGUUUGCUCUAACGUUUUCCAAACGAUAACUGAUAAAGACAGAUAUUUCACGAAACUUAUUCAAGAAACGUUCUUAAAAUUUGAAACUUAUGCCUUUAAAAAACCUUAAUGUUGCUCAGAUUCUACAGACCAGUGUCCACA